ACAUUUCCAGUGAAAUGGGCCACGUGGACCGCGAGGAUCUUCUCAACGUAAUUCGACAUGAGCUUCGGCUCGAGGACGAUGAUGGUCCGGGACUUUGCUCUCGGCUUCUCCUGAAUCCAGACAGGAAAUGUCGUGCCGGAGGUCUUCCGCUGGAUUUUAGACUGAAAAAUGGGGAUUUGAUGGAUGAUGGGGAUGCGGGAUUUGAUGAUAUUUAUGAGAUUCCACUCUACGAGGAGCCCAUCCACACCAGAACCCUAAUCAACGACUCUCUAGCUCUCCGAACCGCCGAAAAAAUCAAAGAAGAAGGCCGUCGGGAUAAUUUCUAUACAGGACCACUCGAUGAACUUUUCGUGAAACAGGAGGUCAAUUGGCCGCCGAAAACUCCGAUUUCCACUGAAAAAUCCGCUAUUGAGCGGUAUUUGGAAGAAAAUUCGGCGAAUUUGAAUAAUCCGCUGGGAGAAUAUUCGAAAUUCGCGGCCACCACCACAGACCCUUCCAGACAAAUUGAGAUUAUUAUUCCAAUGUCUUGUGAUGAGGAAAUCGGGUUUAAAACGCUUAAAAUCGAAGUUCUAACCACUGCGAGAAUCCGUGAAGUUAUUGGUUAUUGCCUACUUCAGUACUAUUUAACGUUCGACUCCUAUUUGCCCGGCGAAGUCGACGACUAUCAAUUCUACUUGGCCGAAGAAGACGGCGAAAUCGAACACGAGCUCCCACCACUGGACAGCUCGAAGCUUGUAGGCCAAGUAGGCUUCACGUGCCUCGGCCUAGUCUCACGUAUCAAGAAAAAUGGGAAUAGCCGUCAAAAACGGGCUGUGGCUGUGUGGUUUGUCGAUAAGGAUCAAUAUGUGAUAGAAGUUGAUAAUAUGGAAAAACCGUUGCGAUGGCUUAGAGAUGAAGCUUUUCGUCUCAGAGAGGAGACUGUUAAGGAGCGAGAACCCUUGUUUCAGGGGCUACUUGAUAUAAAAGAAUACUACAUGGAAGCCGUUGACAAUUUCGACGUGAAGCUUGACCUAGAAGCCAGUAUCUCGAGUGCUCGGAGCCUCGAAUUCGUGAUGAUCCGAAAAAACAGCUCAAGAGCCGGAUUCCAUCCACGUGGCGGCCGAUACGGUCGACAAAUGAGCGCAAUGCUCACUCUGAAAAUGCCGAAUAGCCCAAUCGCGGCGGGACCCAUGACACCAUUGCCAACGGUAAUGGAGGAGAGCCCGGCGGUGGCAGGCACUUCCAAUGGAUUCGGUUUCCCUAAAGCUGAAAGUUGUGGGGCAAUUGCUUCUACACCAGGAGUGACAUGGAAUGAUGAUGGAGGCCAACUUUCUUCGUUUAUUGUGCAACGAAUUCACAAAUUUAAGCCAAAAUGGAAGGCAAACCUGAUAUUCCGUUGGACAUGCUUCGAAAUCGAAAAAUAUCGUGAAGAUAGAUCAGCAUUCCUACCACAAGGAUAUCAAAAGCAUACAAAAGUACCAUGGGAAUAUGUUGGCGGAGUCCGUACACAACUGAAAGAUGCAAAAGCUGGACGAGUUGACAUGUGGCAGAUCACAUUCUUCUGGUUACCGGUUCUCAGUGAUGAAACUGUGAAAGAUGUUAUUGGAGAUGCUGAAUGGAAUCUUAAUCUUGUUGCAAAGAUCUACGCAAAUGAAGAAAAAUGGCGUAGCGUUACACUCGAGACAUUCUUCAAACAAGACGUCGACGAGAUUUUCAGCCAAACAAAUUCGAUACUUCAAGCCCGCGACGCUUCGAUCUACAAAGCCUUUUCACAUUCCUCAUUCGGUACUUUAAGCCCCGCAGCGAGUGCUGAUUUAGCUCUAAUGGAAAGUGCCGAAGCCAUUGUUUCACCGUCGUCAGAUGCUCCAAGUCGCUCCUCAAAUGGGAAAAAUGGAGGAAAAUUUCGAAAAAUGUCGAGCCUGAUGGCCAGUGUGAUGGGAAGACGAAAAUCUGAUUCUAAGUAGUUUUUUUUUUAGGUUUUUAGGUUUUUUUGUUUUGCUGUGAUAUAUAUUUUGCUUUAAUAGUGUAUUUGAAAAAUUGAUAUUUUUUGUAAAAAAAUUCCAAAAAAUUGAGAAAAAAACAUUUUCGGAAUUUUUAAUUUUUACAAAAUUCUAAGAAAUUUAUACCGGAAAAUGUUGAAAAUCUAAAAUCACUUUUUUUUGUUUUGAAAUUUUAUAAAAAUUUUCAAAAUUCAAAUUUUCAAAAAUCACUUUUUUUUUGAAUAAUUCGGAAAAUUUGGAACAAAAAAAAACAAAUUUUAUGUUUUCAUUUCGGCAAAUUUUAAAAAAUUCGAAAAUUUUUUAAUUUUGGUUAUUUCGGGAAAAUUACGAUUAAAACAUUUUUUGAAAAAUAUUUGAAAAAAUUCAAAUUUUACGAUUUUUUGGAUAUUUCGGCAAGUUUUUUGAAAGAUUCGAAAUUUUUAAUUUUGGGCAUUUCGGAAAAAUCACGAUUAAAUUUUUUUUUUUUUAGUAUUUGAAAAAAAAUCAAAUUUUGCGAUUUUUGGAUAUUUCUGAAAAAACUGAAAAUUUUCGAAAAAUGUUGAAAUAAAAAGUAAUGUUUUCUUAUUUUCGGCCACAUUUUGAUAUAUUUUUUCCCCUAAAAAUUCGAAAAACUCCCGAUUAUUCUGCAUUUUCCUGUAAAAUUUACGAUUUUAGGAAAUUUUGAAAAUUGUCAAAAAAAUUCCAAAAAAGUUACGUUUCAAGAUUCGAAAUAUGUUACAAAAAUUUUUUAAAAUUGAUUUUUCUUAUUUUCACCCAAAAAUUCGAAAAAAUCCCAAAAUUUGAGACAAAAACCCAAUCAAAUUGUGAUUUUCUUGUUCAUUUUCCGGAAAAAUUUAUUUUUUCAAAAAAAAAAAAAAUUUGUUAUUCCUAAAAUCACUGUACCUCUUUUUCCUAUUCCACCUCUAUAUUGUGAUAUAUCAAUCAAUUUUCUUCAAUACUAAUACAAAUUAAUAUUCCACAUUUGUGUGUGUAUGUGCAGUUCUAAUUAACAUAUUAUCAAUUCAUUUUUCCCAUUUAUUCCACUGCCCCUGCUUCACUUCUUCAUACUACCCUCCUACCGUACACCGUUAGCCGACGUGUACAAUUCACAUUCUGCUUCCUUCUUCUUCUUCUUCUCGGAAUCUCUAAGAAAAAAAGCGAAAUAGUAUGGGAUAACCGGAGAGACGGCAGACAGAACCUGUUCUGUCUUCCAACUCAUCGGUGAAUUUGUGUGUGUUGGAGAAGGAAAGAAGGAAGGAUUCCAAUUGCCAUUUCCGACUUUUCAUUCCAUUUCACAUACACAGCUUCUUGUUAUGUUUGGAUUUUAGUUUUCGAGUAAUUUACUAAUAAUUUAUUGGGUUCUCAUAACGUUUAUUCAAAUAGGAACAUAAUCAGAUUGAAUUUCAAAGAACGCAGUUACGUAGAAAAGCUAUCUUCAAUUUUAAUAACUUAUUGGGUUCUUAUGUAUUAUAACCGAAUAGAGUCAUAAUUACAUAUGUUUUCGAAAUAUGUAGAUACACGGGUGGGUUAUCUCCAAUUUUAAUGCCGUAAUUGUAUUAGGAUUUAUCAAAAAACGACAGCUAACACUAUAUUUGUUAAAUCCUAUUCACACUAUAUUAUAUUAGAUUAAUACUGAUUAAGUUGUUCAAAAA